GAUGUGACUAAUUAUAGAAAAAUAGAGUUGGAUUUUUGUAUUGUAUAUCAUAUUGUCUCCACUCGGUCGUUUCAAACUAACUGCAAAAAAAAUUAAGAUUAGAAAAACUUAAAUUUCAUAUCGGGGGCUGAAUGGUUUGUAGCGGAAUUAUCCCUAUUUAGAAUAAGAUUCCAUGUUAAAAAUGUAUAGUCUUUUGAAUGCUAGGCAAGUAUUUAUUAUUGGAUAAAUAUAAUGAUUACAGAUUAGUGAUACAUAUGGUUAUCGUAAGAAGUCAGCCGUAUAUAAGAUAGCAUUAUUGCUAUUUUGAAGAUUGUAAAUGUAAAAUUUUCACAAAAUGUCUAAUUAAAAUGUUAGAAACUAAAGAAAUUAAAACAGGUAUAGAUAUUGAGUCGGUGGGUACUUCUUACUCGAUUGAAGAGCCAGCAGAUUUUCAUACUAAUGUCGACUACUCAAAAUAUGGUGAAACUAAGAGAAAAUUAGAAACAAGACAUAUAUCUUUAAUGAUUAUCGGUCAGUCUAUUGGUGUGGGUCUAUUUGUAGGGGUUUCCUCUCCACUCAUGACUUCAGGAUCAUUAUCAUUAUUCCUUGGAUUCGUCAUUUAUGCUGUAUUUAUGAUUUGGGUAUUGAUGCAAUGUACAGGUGAAAUGUGUUCUUAUCUACCAAUUAAGGGUAGUUUUUUACAUUUUGCAGCUAGAUUUGUAGACCCAGCGUUAGGGUUCGCUACAACAUUGAUAUAUUUAUAUACUUCAUGUAUGUUCGUUUGUUUGGAAGCUGUCUCUGUAGCUUUAGUUAUCAAGUUCUGGACAGAUGUAAACUCAGGUGUUUUUAUUACGAUAUGUUUGGUUUGUUAUUUCUUCUUUAAUAUUUAUGGGGUUAACUGGUAUGGUGAAAUUGAAUUCUUUAGUGCAAUGCUUAAAGUCUUACUUAUUGUGGGGUUGAUGUUAUUCGGAUUAAUCUCUAUGUGUGGAGGUAAUCCAAAACAUGAUGCUUAUGGAUUUCAAAAUUGGAAAGAAGGAGGUUUAUUCAGACCAUAUUUGAAAGAAGGUUCAUUGGGAAACUUUUUAGGUUGGUGGAAUGUAUUUAUUUUUGCAGCUUUAGCUUGUGGUGGACCUGAUUUGUUGGCCAUGGUAUCAGGUGAAAUAAGGAACCCAAGAAAGAAUAUUGCUCUAGCUAGUAAAAAUGCUUAUAUUCGUAUCUAUUUAUUUUAUUUUGGUGGAAUCUUCUUCAUGAACACAUUAUGUUCAUCAACUAAUCCAGGUUUAGAAGAUGCAAUUAAAAAAGGUCAAGCAGGUGCUGCCGCAUCACCAUGGGUAAUUGGAAUAAGAAAUGUUGGAGUACACGGUCUUGAUUCUUUAGUUAAUGCGUUGAUCAUGUCAUCUGGAUUCUCUUGUGGGAAUGCUUUCUUCUAUGGUGCUACAAGAACGGCUUAUAGUGCUGGUUUAGCAGGUUACUUACCUAGAUUCUUUUGUAAAUGUUUAAAGAAUGGUGCUCCCAUCUAUUGUGUGGUAUUCACAUCACUUAUUUCAUGUUUUGCUUAUUUAAGUAUAUCAAAUUCUACAGCCAAUGUAUUCAAUUGGUUUGUAAAUUUAUCAACUACUGGAAUAUUGUGUACUUAUAUCUGUAUGUGGAUCACUUAUUUUAAAUUUAGAAUUGCAUUAAAGGCACAAGGGGUAGAUAUAAAUAGUGAUUCUUAUCCAUAUUUCAAAGUAGCAAAAUGGUUAACACCAUUUACCUAUUUUGGAUUUUUUAUCAAUGUUAUGGUAUUAUUAUGUAAUGGUUUUUGGAUAUUCUUCCCAGGUCAAUUCACUGUGGCUAACUUAUUCACAUCUUAUUUUGCUCCUGUAUUAUUUGUUUUCUUAUUCAUAUUCUGGAAAAUAUUUAAGAAAACCAAAUAUAGAAGUGGUUUAGAAGCAGAUAUCACUUCUGGAAAGAAAGAAAUAGAUGAAGAAGAAUUGUUAGAUAUAGAAUAUGAAGAGAAUCAUCCUAGAAAGACUGGAUUUUGGUACAAUGUAUGGUAUAAAUUUUCAGAUUUCUGUUUUAAUUAAGGAAAUUUGCAACCAUUUAUGUCAACUACGAAAAAUCAAGUUCGAUAUUAAAUGAUGUUUUUUAAGUCUAUAAGAUUAUGUAAAUAAUG